UUUAUUACCAAAAUAAACAUUUUGUUAAUAAAGUUGUGAUAAAUAAUAAUGGAGCGUAAAGGUGUUGUAAUGGAGCGGUUGUGUGAGGUGGCUCUUGUAGUGCUUGCGGCCGCCUGCGGCUACUUGAGCCGCCCCUUCCCGCAGCCACCCGCAGCCGCCCCGCCGCACCCUACGGAGGCCAACUGUCACUCCCAAGUCGACCAGGAGGCCGCGCUCACCCUCCAGGGUCACCACACCCUCCAGGGUCACCACACCCUCCAGGGUCACCACACCCUCCAGGGUCACCACACCCUCCAGGGUCACUACCCGCCGCACCAACUGAAGAACUAUCUCCUGCCUCUAGUUAGACAUUUAGCCGUGAUGCGCUGUAUGGCGCGCGCGCACCAGCUGCGCUACCAGUACCUGGAGGCGCAGCUGGACCAGCUGGACCUGACGGAGGACCUCCAGCUGCAGGAGGUGGACCAGCCACAGGUGUCCGCUGCGGAAGAGCUCGUGAAGGAAGUGCUGCUGCCGGAGUUCCCGCUGACGGAAGUAUUGAUGGCGGAAGUGCCCGUAGCGGAGGCACUGGCGGCGGAAGUGCCCGUAGCGGAGGCACUGGUGGCGGAAGUGCCCGUAGCGGAGGCACUGGCGGCGGAAGUGCCCGUAGCGGAGGCACUGGUGGCGGAAGUGCCCGUAGCGGAGGCACUGGCGGCGGAAGUGCCCGUAGCGGAGGCACUGGUGGCGGAAGUGCCCGUAGCGGAGGCACUGGUGGCGGAAGUGCCCGUAGCGGAGGCACUGGCGGCGGAAGUGCCCGUAGCGGAGGCACUGGCGGCGGAAGUGCCCGUAGCGGAGGCACUGGUGGCGGAAGUGCCCGUAGCGGAGGCACUGGCGGCGGAAGUGCCCGUAGCGGAGGCACUGGCGGCGGAAGUGCCGCUCCUGGGGGCAUUAAAAGAGAGGAUAGCGAGAGCCGCCGGCAGCCUCCUGCUGAAGGAUAGCCAGAUAACACAGCAGGGUGGCCAGGACUUGCUCCUCAUGACCCUCAUGACCAACAUGAACACAGUGCUACUGUUACUGGUGGUGCUCCUGGCCGUGUGCUCCCUGGUGUUCCGGCGCUCGCUGCUCCGGCACCACUGGCAGGGAUGUGGAGCACUUGUGUCACCUGACACUUCUUGUUCCUUGUUGGUACACGACCGCAGUCCCUUAUACCUCUCUCCCACCUGUCCCUGACACUCCCACCUGUCCCCUGACACUCCCACCUGUCCCCUGACACUCCCACCUGUCCCUGACACUCCCACCUGUCCCCUGACACUCCCACCUGUCCUCUGACACCAGUCCAUACCAUUAAACUUACAGCAUAUAUAAUGUAAUGUAAGAAUUACACAAGAGUCAGGUUAGCAAGUGUUCAAAAUUUACAGUCAUGUUAUUUCUCUUUUUUCCUU